CACCCAUUUUCGCUCACAAUCGAUCUUUGCCUCAAUUCCAAAAACACACACUUAUCUCCUUCCUUUAGAUCCCAUCUCCUAGGGUCUUACCAGGGUUUAUCUUUAAAAUCCCACCUUUUUUUUUUUUUCUUUUUUUUUUUUUUCCAUUUUUCUUUUUUUGAAUUCCUAUAAUUCCCUCUCUGUCCCUAACGUUCUUCACUUUUUUCCCCCAAAACCCUAAUUUCCUCAAUUUUCCACUCUCUCUUAGUUCCUAGAUCCGAAUCUCUGGUCGAUUGAGGCUGCGAUUCGUUUCUGAAAGUCUCUGAUUUACUUGCAAGACCCCGAAAGAUUCUUCCUUUCUCACCAAUUCUUGUUCUUUUCGUCAUUUCCUGAUUUUUAGGGUUUCUGGGUCUUGUUUGUUUCCCGAGAAACUUCAGGGAAAUUAAAAAGAAAGGGAAUUUGGGUUUUUAAAGCUUGGAAUUUUCCCACCCAAUUUUGAAGGGUGGUUAGUCUGAGUCUGAGCUGAAUUUCGAGUUUUCCUCUGUUUUCUUGGGAAAUAAGAGAUUUGGUUUUGGGGAUGAGUGGUAAUGAAUGUUUGGGGGAAUAAUUGUUGGUGGUGGAGAUUUAUGGGGUGAAUAAUGCGGGGUUGGUGAAAACCCUAAAUUGAUUAUGAGGGUUUGAAUAUGAGCCAUGGAGGUGUAAGAGAUACGAGAGGGAAUGAACCACCACCACCACCACGACAAGACAAAGAGCGUGAUGCGCCGAGAGGAGCUGGAGCUGGAGCCAAUGGAUAUGGGCGAGCGGUUUCGAAGGUUGCGGUGGCGCAGAUAUGUGAGAGUGUGGGGUUUCAGGGUGUCAAAGAUUCUGCUUUGGAAGCUCUCACUGACGUUACCAUUCGAUACCUCUGUGACUUAGGAAAGACUGGGAGUUACUAUGCUAACUUAGCUGGUAGGACAGAAUGUAAUGUGUUUGAUAUUGUUAGAGGGUUGGAGGAUUUGGAAGCUUCACAAGGUUUUUCGGGUGCUGCUGAGGUUAAGAAUUGUCUUGCUGGUUCGGGUACGGUGAGAGGGAUUGUUGAGUAUGUGGAUUCUGUAGAGGAGAUUCAGUUUGCUCAGCCAUUGCCACGGUUUCCUGUGAUUAAAAGUCGGAAAUUGAUUCCGAGCUUUGUACAAAUGGGUGAAACACCGCCUGGCAAGCAUAUACCGGAUUGGUUGCCAGCUUUUCCUGAUCCACAUACGUAUAUCCAUACACCUGUCUGGAAUGAGAGAGUGUCGGAUCCACGUGCGGAUAAGAUUGAGCAAGCACGGCAACGGAGAAAGGCAGAGAGGUCUUUGUUAAGUUUGCAGCAACGGUUGUUGGUCAAUGGUUCGGUGGGAACUUCAGCCUCUUGUAGUGAUGUAAAGGAAACGGACGGGUUUGAAACAAACCCAUUUCUUCAGCCUCCGUUGAAACCAGGGGAGAAAGAUGUUUCCCCAGUUGGCGAACCGCGUAUGCCUUCAGAUGAAACUGGGGGAAGGAACCAUAUGUCUGUGCUAGAGGCAUUUGCUCCUGCCAUUGAAGCAGUGAAAGAUAGGUUUUCUGAUGAUGGUGAAGAUGGGAACAGGGUUCUUCCUAAUGUGAGGCCUGCUGUUCAAUUAAAGUUCAGAAGUGGCAAGAAAUUUCUAGGUGAAUCAUUAGAUUUGAGCAUUCAGAAGAAGGGUAUUGAGAGGGCAGCAUCUUGGGUUGCCCGGGAUGAUGAGAGGGAUGACAAGAAGAGGAGAGCUGAGUUUAUUCUUAGACAAUCUACAGAAUACCCACAGGAACUCAAUCAGUUGUAAACUAGUUAGUUUAGAAGUCGGCAUUAGCAGUGGGCUAUGGGUGCUCAAAAAUUGAGGGCAUGCUCUUGUACCGGUAUGGAUAUUGUUAGAAUCUAGUUGUGAGUUUCUUAUGGUCCACUUGACAUUUUUUUUAGAGGCAUGUCAAUGUAUGUUUCUUUGUUACUCUGACAUCUGCUUAUGAUUCUUUGAAAAUGAUGUUCUUUCUUCGUCUUGCACCAUCUCAUAUUUGUAUUGAUACACUGAGUUCUAAUGUUUGAAUUGAUAUACUGAAUUCUCUU